CCCUUCUCCAGCCUGCCAAGAGCCGUCCCCUCCCUCCCUGCCUGCUCAGCACGCAGCCAUCCCCAACUCCAGGCAAACCUUUCUGCCAGCUCCGCUCCCGCUGGGCCGUGUCCCCCCGUGCCCCCCGCCUCCAUCCGCGGCGCCGGGAGGAGCUCAGCACCCUUCCCUGCCCGCCAUCGCUCCCUCUUCUCCCUCCCUGCCUCCGGAGAGGCCGUCUGGUCUGCGGAGCCAGAGAACAAGUGUCGGAGCGGGGAGCGCAUAGCAACAGGAUUGUGGGAUGAAGAAGAUUCGGCAGCAGCAUCUCCGCAAGCCGGUGACACCAGAGCUCCUGGUGAGCCCCAGCAGCCAGGACGGCUCCGAGUGCCCUGAGGACAGAGGGAACUGGACGGGCCGGCUGGAUUUCCUCCUCUCCUGCAUCGGGUACUGCGUGGGGCUCGGCAACGUCUGGAGGUUCCCCUACAGGGCUUACACCAAUGGAGGAGGAGCUUUCCUGGUUCCUUACUUCAUCAUGCUGGCCAUCUGUGGGAUCCCCAUCUUCUUCAUGGAGCUGUCGCUCGGGCAGUUCUCCAGCCUGGGGCCACUUGCCGUCUGGAAGAUAAGCCCUCUCUUUAAAGGCGUUGGCAUGGGCACGAUCCUCAUCGUCUCCCUGGUGGCCAUUUACUACAAUAUGAUCAUUGCUUACGUUCUCUUCUACCUCUUUGCAUCCCUCACAAGCGACUUGCCCUGGCAGCACUGCGGCAACUGGUGGAACACCGACCUGUGCCUGGACCACCACGUCAUCAAGGCGGGGAACACCACCUUCCCCGUCAACACCUCCAACACCGUCAGCCCCAGCGAGGAGUACUGGAGCCGCUAUGUUCUGCACAUCCAAGGGAGCUCCGGGAUUGGGGAUCCCGGGAGGAUCCGCUGGAACCUGUGUCUGUGCCUGCUCCUUUCGUGGACCAUCGUGUACCUGUGCAUCUUAAAGGGAGUCAAGUCCUCCGGCAAGGUCGUGUACUUCACCGCCACCUUCCCGUACCUCAUCCUGGUGAUGCUGCUCAUUCGUGGCGUGACGCUGGAGGGGGCCUGGAAGGGGAUCCGCUUUUACCUCACUCCCCAGUUUGACCACUUGCUGUCUUCCAAGGUGUGGAUUGAGGCAGCCCUGCAGAUUUUCUACUCCCUUGGGGUAGGCUUUGGGGGCCUGCUCACCUUCGCCUCGUACAACACCUUCCAUCAGAACAUCUACAGGGACACCUUCAUAGUCACCCUGGGCAACGCCAUCACCAGCAUCCUGGCGGGGUUUGCCAUCUUCUCCGUUUUGGGAUACAUGUCCCAGGAGCUUGGGGUCCCUGUCAACCAAGUGGCCAAAGCAGGUCCUGGGCUGGCUUUUGUAGUGUACCCCCAGGCCAUGACGAUGCUCCCCCUGUCUCCGUUCUGGUCCUUCCUCUUCUUCUUCAUGCUGCUAACCUUGGGCCUGGACAGCCAGUUUGCCUUCAUGGAGACCAUCGUGACGGCAGUGACAGACGAAUUUCCCUACUACCUGCGGCCAAAGAAAGCUUCUUUCUCGGCUGUCAUCUGCAUUGCCCUCUUCCUGAUGGGGCUGAUCCUCACAACAGAGGGCGGGAUGUACUGGCUGGUCCUACUGGAUGACUACAGCGCUGGCUUUGGGCUCAUGGUGGUGGUGAUCGCUACCUGCCUGGUGGUGACACGUGUCUAUGGCAUAAAGAGGUUCUGCCGAGACAUCCACAUGAUGCUGGGCUUCAAACCAGGGCCCUACUUCAGGGCGUGCUGGAUGGUCCUGUCCCCGGCCACAAUGAUGGCGCUGCUGGUGUACAACAUCAUCAAGUACCAGCCCUCCGAGUACGGCACCUACCGCUUCCCCGCCUGGGCCGAGGCCUUGGGCAUCCUCAUGGGGCUCUUCUCCUGCCUGAUGAUUCCCAUGGGCAUGCUGGUGGCCGUGCUCCGAGAAGAAGGGACGCUGUGGGAGCGCUUCCAGCAAGCCAGCCGCCCCACCAUGGACUGGGGCCCGUCGCUGGAGGAGAACCGCACCGGUGCCUACGUGGCCAGCCUGGCCGGCAGCCAGUCCCCCAAGCCGCUGAUGGUCCACAUGCGCAAGUACGGGGGCAUCACCAGCUACGAGAACACGGCUGUCGAGGUGGACCGGGAGAUCGAGGAGGAGGAGGAGGAGUCCAUGAUGUGAGGGGACCCCCGCGGGAUGCGGGGCUAACCCCCCCGCUUUGCACUGGUUGCACUUCGGCACUUCAGGCCGGCUUGGGGCAGCGGGGGGCUUUGGGGAGCUGCUGCCCCUGUUGGCCCCCCUGCCACCACCCCGGCCCCCCCAAGGUGUUAGUGUCAGUGUCGCGAGCUGUGUAACGAGUCUGUGCUUUUUUGUGAUGGUAUCCGUGCAAGCGGCCAGGCUGCCCCGAUGCCCCCGGCCCCACCGCGGGCUCCUGCCCGGCGCCUGGGUGCAGGGAUGCUGGAUGCAGGGGCAGCAGCCCGCUGAGUUUGUCCGUUCUCUGCUAACACAUAUUUAACUCCAGUACCCCAUGAACUAAGGUGUAGGAAAGGAUUUUAGUAUCCUCCAUGCCCUGAGGAAGGCAUGUGUCAGUGCGCUCAGAGGCACUCCAGCAAAACUGGGGCGCAUCGGUGUCCUGCUGUUGAAAUCUGACCUAAUAAAUGAGCAGUCAAAAAAGAGUAAGAACUGAAAAAAUGCUUUGUAAACAAAUGGGCUGGGGAUAUUCUGAGCUUGUAGGUCCCCUUGGCGGCAGGGCUGGGGCAAGCUGAAGGAUGGGAAGAGGCUGAGUGACCCCUUCCCUACAGACACAGGAGAUCAUGGACAGGUCUCAGCUGACCCCAGUGCCAAAGGAGGACCCAUGUCCAUCCAUAGGGGGUAUUCAAGGGCCGUCCCCAGCCCUGGGUGCUGCUUGGGGCAGGGGGAAGCUGCUGUAGCUCCUCUGCUGCCCGGGGGAAGGUGAAGGGCUAGGUUUUGUUGCCCGGGUGGGAUUUUGGGGUAACUGCUGGUCUGGAGGGUGCUGGAGAGCUUGGGAGUGCUCAGCCGUGAUGCUGCUAGUCCCCAUCACCCUGCUGCUGUGUGUGCCUUCCCCAUGUGCCACCAAUUCUCCAUUAAAAAGCAGUGUGUGACACAGCCUGUGCAUUAUUUGGGGGCAGGAGGGGGGCACAGUGCACGUGCUGCCUCCCCCAGGGUGCCUCCUGCCAGGGAGAGGAGCUCACAUGGGAGCAGGAAGGGCACAACCAGGGGGGCUGCCAGGCAUGGGGGGC